AUGAUGGAUGGAUUGCCAGUGGAUAUGGCGGAAGAAGACAUUUCCAAUGAACUCAAAGACGGCUAUCACAUUGAGGGUCUCGAGGACGUUCGAGUGAUCAGGGACCGACAGACCAAACUUUCUCGCCAACUAGGCUUUCUUCGAUUCCGAAACCUUGACUGCUCGCGUGACUUCGUUGAGCGCAACUUUCCAACUGUCCUCUUCUAUGGGCCCAAUGCUGGUCCGAACGAUCGGGGCACCAAGGUGCGCAUUGCCUAUAGCCGCGAGCGAGAAGACCGUGCGCGUGCUCGGGCCGAGGGAGACUGGACGUGCAGGAAUUGCUCCAUUGUCAACUAUUCCACGCGCAACAAGUGCUUCCGUUGCCAGGCACCUCGCCCCGAACCCGGACCAUCAGGGCCUCCAGGCAUCGCUGCCCCAAAGGUGGAAAACCAUGGUGAUAACGAUGCGGCACCGGAGAAUCAGCCUUCGCAGUUCUUACUCUUCCGGGGACUGGAGUCCUCCGUUACAGAAGAGCUGCUCGCCAAAGGAGUCGCGAAGCUUUACCGACCGACGAACAGUUCCGAGAAUUCGUCUGGGAAUCAAAAGAAAGGGGCCAAAGUCUCAUCUACCACUGGAGAUGCUAACCUGGGCGCCCGCGAUGGAUCAAUCCGGCGAGUCUUGCUUGUCAGGGACCGUCGAACUAACGAGAGCUGGCGUUACGGAUUUGCCGAGUUUGCCACUGUCCAGGAUGCGCAAGCAGCCAUCACCCGACUGAACUCGUUUGACAAAUUUACCAUUUCAUCGAGGCCGGUCCUUGUCAGCUACAUCCAUGCCGGCGUUUUCGUCCCCGUUAUCAACCCUUCAGCCAGCACGGAUCGAUUCACAUUCAGUCCGCUGAACAAUCCACAGCUGAAGCUGAUGUAUUGGGACGAUGACGCCUACGUUAGGGAGCUGACCGUGUCAUCAGCGGAAAUGGACAACCCGUCCGCACCACAAGAACACCAAGCGAAAGGCAGCAAAGAAUCCGAGAAAGAGAAGGCCAAGAAAAGAAAGGCAGACGCAACCGCAACCGCAGCGUCCAAGAAGAUGGCAGUGCCGUCGCACCUGCAAUUCUGGAGCAAUCGUCACGCAGAGCUGCACGGCAUCAAAAAGCGGGAUCCCAACGACAAAUCAGAUGAGGGAUCACAAGACUCGACGGCACCUCCGGCUCAGUCCUAUGCGGAUCUCAACCGCAACUGUUGCUAUCUCUGCAUGCGGCAAUUCAAGGCCUCCGCAGAGGUCAACCGCCACGAGCGCCUCAGCCAGUACCACCGCAGCAAUCUGCAAAAGGGGGACCUGGUCAGCCGAGGCAUGAACAAGCUCAUCAAGCAUGGAAUCGUCCCGGCACCGCCCGAGUACCGGGAUCGUGCGCGUGAGCGACGCCAGGCCUUCGGACGCCCAAAGGCCACCGCCAAGAGCAGGCCCGCACCGCCGAAGGAGCCGUCACCGGAAGUCGAGGUGGAAUCCAAGGGCGCGUCGCUGCUCAGCAAGAUGGGCUGGUCGGCUGGAUCUGGGCUUGGUGCCCAGGGGACCGGCAUGACGGCUCCGAUCGCCACAGAGGUGUAUGCACAAGGUGUGGGAUUAGGGGCUCAAGGGAGCAAGCUGGGUGAUGCCGCGGAAGAAGCGGGCCGGAACACGCGCGGUCGAUACGAUGAGUUCUUGCAGAAGACGAGACAGACUGCUCGGGAUCGAUAUGAUAAGAUGGAGUAAUUUGUAUAACAGGAUAUCAACACCAUUUCGCCAUAGCCCGCAGGCUGAUAAUGUAUACGG